AUGCUCCUUCACUCCCUCAUCUUCGCCUUGGCCGCCACCCUCGCCGUUUCGGCUCCCACCCCGGAGCCUCUCGCCGACGCCUCUGCCGACACCUCCACCGUGGUCGACCGGAACACGUGCGGGGUGACGAUCCCUGUGGACCUCAUUGCUCGCGAUGCCAGCGCCCCCGUCGAGGCCAGAGACAACGCAGGCUUUUCCGUCAGCUGCUACAAUGGGCCCGACUGCAAAGGCAAGCCGUUCUAUGAAUGGAAUGACGUUAUCGGCAAACCGUCGCUCAGUAAGAUCGUCCGCGGAACUGUCUACGAUUUUCAGCAUCCCGCCAACCAGCUCGCCAGCUGCCGCGUCGAUGUGUGGAACGGCUACAAGGGCAACUUUUACAUGCGGGCCGACAAUGAACGACAGAUUUCAGGAAAGAACUACCCGCAAGGGUGGGGCCAGUACUGCGUCAACGAGUGGAAAGACAGCUUCCAGGGUACAGGCAUGGUCAACAAGUAUGUCGUUGUGUGGCGCGAUGCCAUUGCUUAG